GAACAGAAGGCAGCAUGGCCAUGGUCAGUGAGGGAGACCUCCAGCACCGGAUUAAAAACUAGGAAAAACUGAGACAGGGAGACGGGAAGUAGACCUGAGAAGCCGGGAGAACCAAACAGAAAAAGGCACACAUGCAUGAAGCUCAGCCCUGUCCCAGGAGUCUCCAGAACUUGUCCUUGACCCACAGGAAAGGGCAGCACUGUCGGUCACUCCAGGACACUGAAAACAAUCAGAUUUUAAUUUCUGUCAAAUUCCAUUGGUCUUAGAAGCUGAAAUAGCAAGAGCAGGUGGGAAGACUGACAUUGACCUGGGCUUUGGUUGGAGGAGGGUCUAACCCCUGGCCCUCAUGAAAACAACAUACAAAGACAGCAACAUGCAAAUGGGAAUGACGGUUUUCCAUCAGAGGCCAGGCUGAUGGGUCCUUGGGAGUCAAGUCACAAGAAAUCCGGACACCUGUGUUUGCAGACCAGGCCUAUGGGAAUGGGGAGACACGGACCGCAUCUCUGAGGCGCCAGGAGCAGAUUUUGCCUCUCUGCGGUGAAUGCUGCUUCAAGGGCCUGUCUUCGUGGGUUUGCCCCUCCUGGGACCCAUCCUGAUUUGCAUGUUCACUCAUCAUCAGACAUCCGGUUGGUGUGAGGAUGGGAGGAAGCUGUCUUGGUGCCCACCCCACAAAGUCAUAUUGCUUGUGUGGGCAACUAUCUACUCUGUCAUGGGCUAUGCCUCCUACCUGGUGUGGAAGGACCUGGGCGGGGGCUUCCGGUGGCCCCUAGCACUGCCCCUGGGCCUCUACACUUUCCAGCUCACCCUCAGCUGGACUUUCUUGUUGCUCUUCUUGACAGCCGACAACCCUGGGCUGGCCCUCCUGGACCUGUUGCUGCUCUACGGGCUGGUGGCGAGCCUGGUGCUUAUCUGGCAGCCGAUCAACAAGCUGGCUGCUCUGCUCCUGCUGCCCUACCUGGCCUGGCUCACCGUGACCACCGCCAUCACCUACCGCCUGUGGAGGGACAGCCUGUGUCCAGCAUACCAGCCUUAGCCGCCCGAGAAGGGCAACUGAGGCACCAGGCUACGGGAGAGAAGGCAGGGUGGCAAGCGGGAGGGGAGGAUGUGGAGCUGGGGACACUCGAUGUGGCCGCUCUCCUUAGACUUCGGAGAAAUAGAACGGAAUAAAAUCCCGUUGCUGACUUGGAGGGUGUGA